UUUAUAUGUUGAGAGUUAUCUGAAUGAUGGUUGUAAGAUUCAUUUUUUUCUGAUUUAUGAAGCUAGAGAAGCAGUUUGAUAGCAUAAACCAAGUUCCGAUACUCUUGCACAAUGACUGUCUUUAUCUGUCUCAUGAGAUUCUUGGCCUUGCAUUUGAGUAUCGUUCAGACUUCCCAAGUUCUCUAAAGGAACAUGCAGUUUUUGUUGACAUGGCACCAAGAUUUCAACAGAUGGCUGAAGAUGUACUUAAGAAACAAAUUCAACUAGUUAGCUUUAACUUGAAAGAGGCUAUAGAUUGUGCAAAUGGGUUUCAGAAUACACAUCAAAUGCAACAAUAUGAGUGUGCAAAGUUUUCUAUAGAUCAGGUUGUCUUCACCCUUGAGAAAGUGCAUAUUAUUUGGGAGCCUCUUUUGCCGCCUCAAACAUACAAGAGAAGCAUGUGCAUAGUGCUUGAAUCUGUUUUUUCUAGAAUAACGGAUAACAUACUCCUUUUAGAUGAUUUGGCAGCAGAGGAGACAUUACAGCUUCAAAGGCUGAUCUUUUUGACACUCGAGAGCUUAUCUUCCUUGUUUGAGUCCCUAAUGCCCAUCAACAGAAAAGGGAAGCUACAAGAGGGUGCCCGAGCUGUUCAACUAGAUGAGCUGAUUCCAUCUUUACGGAAACUCCGUAAAUUGGCAGAUUUAUUAGACAUGCCCUUAAAAUCCAUUAUAACAACUUGGGAGAGUGGAGAACUGGCUAAUUGCAGCUUCACAGCUUCUGAGGUAUGAUUCAACAUGGCACAU